AUGGUUAUCCUCGAACGCCUACCCGGUCUCGAGGUCGAGGUCCAUGUGAACGGAGAGCCGGCCACCGAGUUUGCGAGCGACGAGUUGCAAGAUGAGCCGAGGCAGGCCACCCGCUACAUCGAAGCAGUCUCUGGCGCCGAGUUUCACAUCCAGUGGACCUUUCACGCUGCUGAGUUCAAAUACAGGAACUGGGCCAUCAACGGAAUCGUUCACGUUGACGGUAAGUAUGCUGAUGGCCGCAUCUUCCGACCAGACGCUGUGAAGCACCAGGAUUCCUUCACCGUCAAGAUGUCCGGAGUAUGGAAGAAGGAAAAGGGCCGCUACGUCGAGAGACCUAUGAUGUUUUCCGAUAUCAUGAUGGACGAGGCUGGUCAAAGUGCUGCCAUUAAAGGACUCAAGGAGAAGCUGGACCUUCUUGGAGAGAUCACACUCAAGCUUUACCGAGGCCGAGCAGUCCCGUCGGUUGGCGAAGGAAGCCGAAAGGCCUUCAGCACUAUGGACAAAGUGCCCGAGAGAGCCCUAAAAGGCCGAGCUGUCUCUCAUCAAGCAAGUCUGGGGAAAGCCAGGCAUAGCGGUGCUUGGAUUACAUGGGAUUUUGAAUACGAGGACUACACGGAUGGAAAGAGGCAGCCGUUCGCAGUCUUCACCUUCAGGUAUCGGUCACGGAAAGCUCUGCAAGCUGAGUGCAUUAUCCCACGGAGUCCGACGCCUGUGCCCUUGGAAGAGCGGCCGAUCGAGGAGCUCACACCUGAUGAACUACGAGAGCUUGUGCGGCGCCAAAGAGAACGGGAAUCUGCCCAACAAGUCGUCAAGCAGGAGCUGAAGCGCGAAAGAGAAAGUAGCAGCAUGUUCACCCUACCAAGCGUCUCCAGCGAGAUGGACUCUGACAUGGAGGUUACCGACGGGCCUUCUCGGAAACGUCAGAGGACGACGCAUGUAGAGGUCAUAGACCUAUGCGAUUCCGACUGA